CUAUGCUCUUAACACGACGCAUUUGUGACAUCACCGUCCCAGCCCGUGACAGGCGAUAUCUUAUACCUGCGCUCUGUGGACACAGAAACCUACACAGUAAAGCGUCCUGUGGAAAACACGGAAGUCGGCUGUUUGCUAGUUAGUUUCUUAAAUUGCAAAACACAAAAUACGUGUCUCCAACGAGCAAUAGUUUAGUUUUGUAGCUGAAAGUUUACCGGCACUUCUGAGAAUGACCAGGAUCAUUCCAUUAAACGCGGUGGAUUUGGAGUAACAUAUUUCCUCAACAUGUAUUUCAGGAAACAGGCUGACAUCGAACUGCUGGAGGGAACCAGGGAGGGCACAGAAAAUGGCACAGAGUCCCCAUUACUCCCCACAUGGAAUACCCCACAGUCAUGUGACUAUGUUCUGGUCGGCAAACACUGGCCUGAAAAUGAAGAAAAUGGCCAUGACAAAGAAAUGGUCAAUAAGCAAAAUGCUUUCAUUGAAGAAUUAAAGAGGAAGAAUUUACAAAUAAGGAAAAUUGUAGAUGAUGAUAAGGUGUUCUAUGGGAUCCUCGCACCGAAGGAAAUUUUUGAUAAGUACAAGUACCUGCUGAAGGUGUCAGACGCCUGCAACUGGAGCUGUGAGCAGAAUGACUCUGCCCCUCUGUCCACCAGGAUAAGGAUAGUCCACUUCAUUCUGCACCACACCACUAUUAACUCAGACGAGAACCUGCAAGCCCUCAUAAAGAAGAGAGUUUUUGAAGCGCAUUUCUGUCUGCAUGAGAAAAAGGAACAGAAAGAGCUGAGGAAGAGAUGGGCACGGUGGACAGCCUGUUUCCAGGGGCAACCCAUCGAUGAUGUAAGGAAAUAUUUUGGUGAGAAGGUGGCCCUGUACUACCUGUGGCUGGGCUGGUACACCUACCUGCUGAUCCCUCCUGCGAUCGUAGGGGUUGUCGUGUUCCUCUAUGGCGUGGCGUUCUUCAAAACCUCCCCCCUCAUCAACGAGGUGUGUGAGGCCGACACCAUCAUGUGUCCUCUGUGUGACAAGAGAUGCAAAGUGUGGCAGCUCUCAGACACGUGCACUUACGCCAAGGUGAACAUUCUGUUCGACAAUGAGGGCACUGUGGCCUUUGCCAUGUUCAUGGCCAUAUGGGCCACUCUUUUCUUGGAGUUUUGGAAGAGGCACAGGGCAACGUUUGUCUCCAAGUGGAACGUUUUUGACUGGUGUGAGGAUGAGGAGGAGCUGAUUUUGGAGAUUGUGAACAAUCCAGACUGUAAACCCAAGGAGUACCGCCAUUCCUACCUGAACAGCACAUUGGUCUUGAUUCUGGUGACUGUCAUGCUAGUGUUGAUCAUUGGCUUGGCUCAUGCGCUGGUGGUGUUCCGGGUUGUGGCCACCGUGAUGCUGGCGGAGGGGCCAUGGCAGUUCUUGAGUGAUCACGCCAACACGGUUGCUGUCAUGUUGGGUGCUGUCCUUCACUACAUCACCAUAACCAUCAUGACCAGGGUCAAUAGGACAGUGGCCUUAAAGCUGUGUGAAAUAGAGGAGACUCGCUCCUUAGCUGCUACAGAGAGGAGCUUCACCGUGAAGAUGUUCACCUUCCAGUUUUUCACCCUCUUCUCCUCCCUCAUUUAUGUGGCCUUCUUCCUGGGCAGGAUCAAUGGCCGCCCUGGGGCAUACGUGCGGAUUGCAGGAAAAUGGAGACUGGAGGAAUGUCACCCCAGCGGCUGUCUCACGGACCUCUUCCUCCAGAUGGCCAUCAUCAUGGUGCUCAAACAGACCAUCAACAAUGUACUUGAGUUUGUAGUGCCUUGGGUCAGCAGGUGGGUGAAGAGGAAGACCACCAAAAAGCUGCAGAGGAAGUGUGGCUACUGCUACAGAAAGGAGUGCAGGAACACCGAGGAGGGAUCAGAGCUGUGCGAGAACUGCAAGCUUCAGAACUGGCUCCGCAACUACCGCCUCAAUGACAUCAAUGCCUUCAGCCUCUUCAAUGAGUUCUUGGAGAUGGUGAUCCAGUUCAGUUUCACAACCAUCUUUGUGGCGGCCUUCCCCCUGGCACCGCUGCUAGCCCUCAUCAACAACAUCUUCGAGAUCCGCCUGGAUGCCAUAAAAAUGGUCAGCCUGGAGCGCCGCAUGGUGCCCAAGAAGACCAAUGAUAUUGGCGUCUGGACCAACGUGCUGCAGGCAAUCGGUGUGCUGGCAGUCAUAGCCAACGGGCUGGUCAUCGGCAUCUCCUCUGACUUCAUCCCCCGCCUGGUGUAUCGUUACCGCUACGGCCCCUGCGCCAACGGGACGGCCAUAGACCUGGACUGCAUGACCGGCUACAUCAGUAACACCCUGUCCACUGUGCGUGUGGCAGAUGAGGGCAUCCGCAAAGAUUUUGUCUCCAGUCAGCUGAUCACCCACAGUGGCUUCAACGCCACCCACUGCAGUUAUAAAGACUACAGAAGUGAUGAGGACUACGGUUUCACCUCACAGUUCUGGCUCAUUUUGGCAGUGCGCUUCGCCUUUGUCAUUCUGUUUGAGCACGUUGUGGUCAUCUGCAAGUUCAUUGCCGCCUGGUUUGUCCCAGACAGUCCUUUGCAAGUGAAGAAUGAAAGACUGAGUGACAAGCUCAAGAGAUUGAAAGAGGAAUUGAGACAUAGGAGUGAACAGUAUGACAGGUCUACGGAUGUUUGACAAGGAGGAGUGGGAAAGGAACAAGCGUGGAGUGACUGGAAUGUUAAAGCCCGAAAGACUAAUCAGCUGUGGAGCUCAUGCACACCUAUAUAUUCAGGGUGUGUUUGGAAUCCUUGUAAAAUAAUGACUGCCGAAACCGAACCGUCAGUGCAGACUUGGAAGCAGAGGGUGAUGGGACGAGUCCUCAUUCCGCUGAGGUUGCCGCCGUUCACUGAGACGGAUGGAAUUGGUGGGAGCGCCCUUUGCUUACCACGCCAGUGCCUACCUGUCUCUGUGCUAAUUUUGCUGGAAAGUUAGGAUUCUUCAAUCUUGUUUUUGGAAUACUGAAGAAGUACUACAAAAACUUCAACUUUCUUCAGAUUGCCAUCUGGGCCGGAAUGAAGGUUUUUUUUUUUUUUUUUUUUUUUUUCCUGUUGGACACAGACUGGUCCACCUUAACAUCCAUAACAUGGAUGUAGGUACACAUCAGAGACAAAAUCCUCUUUGAAUCAAUGCACAUCAAGUGUACAUAUAUGUGAUGUUCAGUUUACAGAGACUGUUAGCCACAUAAUGAUAUUUAAAAGAUAUUUUUAACAUUUACAAUACUUUUUUAUGCAUUAAUGCUUUUUAUUGUGUCUUCAUUUUGUAUGCCCAGAUCUCUUUC